AUGAAUGACCCGACGCAGCCACUCACAUUGCGCCCGUGGCCGCGCGAUGGCACGAAUACAACGGCACUACAAGAUGUCCUAGCACGAGUCAAUCUGGAACGAGGACACUUCCGAAACAUCAAUGAAGCAUCACUACAAGAAGAGAUUGCGGCAGAGGGAGGACUCGAGUCGUCGGAGAGUGACGAUGAAGAAGAUGAAGAGGAUGACGACGGAGGGCAAGAGAUGAAGCAGAGCAAGGCCAUGUCACGUGAAGACCUAUACAGGAUGAAGCACGAAAUGCUUGCAUUUGUGGCACAGGCGGAGCAAGAUGUUCUAAAGUCCUUGGAUUUCGUGUCAUUGCUGGAGUCUGCGCAAAACCCAAAUGGCGGAGUGACAGUGUCGCAGGUGCUGAAACAAAAUGUUCCCCUUGGCUCGUUGGGUACGGAUGUCUGGCAUCGCAUGCCUGAAGACAAGCCUCGUCAGGCGCAAGAAGCACUCAUAGCGACAAGCGUACGGUUGCAAGGGCUUCAAAAGAGCGCGGACACUUUGCUGGCUGCAGCGACUCGUCUAGAGGAUAAUGCACGACAGGAGACAAAGUACUGGGAAGAAAUUUUGGCUAUCGCCGACAAAGGUUGGAGUGUCAGCCGGAUCCGACAGCGAUCACAUAUGCUUGGAGUUCAUUUUGGAUUCAAUGGAAGCCUACCGAUAUUUGCCCGAAGAGAUCUUGCAGCUCUUGUCACCAAUCCGGACGGUGACAUCACGCUGGAACGGGGAAUAGGCACAAAGCCUACGGCGCUACGAGUCAUGAUCAGUAGAGAUGGCAAGACUAUCGGAGCCUCCAGACUACCAGUGGUUCCGAAACAGAACGACACGAAUCUUGAUACCCGGAUUCGUUAUGCGAGAGAUAGUCUCUAUGACGAAGAAUUAAACCAUGAGUUAAUACAAGAGAGCCGCAAUUUGGCAUCAAUGGGUGUCAAGCUCGAAGGCUCCCGGAUAUGUUUCUAUGCGUCCUCUGUGCCGUCCCCGCAACAGUUACAGAUAUCCUUCGAGCUCUUAUCGCUCGACAAGAAUAAUAGCCUGGGAUCGGACGUCACUGACGAACAGGAUAUUUUGGCCGAAUCUAUUUUGCUGGGUGCGAAACUUCUUCUGAGUCAAGCUCAUCGCGAGCGCUUGAAAGGAAAAGCGCGGGUUCCCAAACCGCUAUCCGAGAAGAAGGAUGAACCACCACAGUACCCAAUCUUAAAGCCGUUGGUGUGGUUAUUCCGCCAUUCGUCCUGCAUCGAGACCCUCAAUGGAAAAUUGCAGGCGGUCGAGGCACUGCUCAAAAGGGCUUCGGUUCAGUCCACACUUGAGAGAUUGAAGAUGUCGUUUCCACAAUUAUCGCAUGCUACGAGUGCAGAGUCAUUGAUCGGCAUUGCAUUGCAACCUCUGCAGAGCACUGCCAAAUUUCAGAUCACCGAGGUUGGCCUUCCCGCGGUUGAAAUCAACAUUAGAACACAUCUUCAAUUUUCCACAGGCACUUUAUUUUCGAUCUCCGGGCCGGAUGGAAUCGUCGCCAACGAUUGUACAGAUAUGACUCAGCUCAUUGAGAUUUUCGACAGCGUGUUGGCUGGCCUCUUGCUUGGCACAGAGUGGAGAAGUCAAGUGCGGACCUCGCAAGUAUGCCGAAUCCUCCAGGAUGCCGAUUCCACUCGUGUGGCUGAGAUCAAGCUCCAUGUGGAUAGCAAGGCUCAAACACUGAGCCUCAGCUCUUAUAACGAUCGCGUAGUGUGGAGUGGAGUUUCUACAGAUACCUCGAAUCAGCAGACAUUCAUCGAAGCUGCCGAGACAUUGGCUGGCGCAGUGGCGUAG